AUGGGGUCCACAGCGACCGCAGCCAAUUCAACGCACGACCACCUUCCGGAAACCCUCCGCAAGCAAUUUGCACGUUCUCGUUCCAAGACACAUAGAGAACCGCCACCGACCGGCGCUAUAUGUACGUGGCCCUCCCGUCCCUCGACGCCCCCGCUCCUCCCUCCCUCUGGGGAUCGCACUGCGCUCUCUCCCAAACAUGAGGCCGCGCUUGCUGCUUCCGUUGGCGUUCGCUUCACUCUUGUCCUCGGCCGACGCUGCGCCCUCUCUCUUUUCGUCCCCGGCCUGACGCUCGCCUUCAACGUCCCGCUCACCGCGUCCAUCCUCGGCGUCGACUCCGCCGCCGGCCGGACCACCUGGGCGAUAGCCCUCGGCGCGCCCACCACCACUUCCUCCGACCCCUUCACGACCGCGCCCGCGACGACGACCACGCACUCCUCGACUCCCAGCCCGCCUUUCGCGACGGUCGUCGAAGGCGCGACCGACGCCGUCCGCGUCCAGCUCGCGCUCCGCCCGAACCUCUCCGCGGGCCACACGAGCGCAGCGCCGCAGACGCUCGAGCUCGCCGAGGCGUGCGCGUUCGCGAGCGUCGGCGCGCUCGCGUCGUGCUCCUCGAGCUUGCGCCUCCUCCCGACGGGCACCGCCGCGCCGGCCACGGCGGUGGUCACUCAGUCCGCCGGCUGGGUCCUCGUCCAGGUCCCGGACGGCGCCACGGCCGCGGCCGCGAUGGGGGCGCGACGGUUGGGCGCGGUGGCGGUGGCGGGCGUGGUGGCGGCUUUGAUGAACACGGUCUUUUGA